AUGUCUGAAGCUGAGAGUUCAGUUUCAGCUGCUGAAAAGGUCCUGAAAAGAGAGAGGAAGCAUCAGCGCAAGCUCGAGAAGGCAGCCAAGAGGGAGAGGAAGGAAAACCGGCGACUCGCAAAGGAGCAGAAGCGCUCCAAGCAAGAAGAAGUCAAGCUUGAGACGCAGACAGAGACUACUCAGAGGUCCGACGCGCCUCCUACGCCCAUCGUAGGCCAAAAACGAAGGCAUAAUGAGACUGUGGAUGCGGAAGAGGCACACUCAGCGGCGUCCUUGACCGAUACGGUCAAAACUUGUCAAGCAACGAAUACCAGCACUGACACCGAUGAGCGCCGAAGGAAGCUUCAGCUCUGCGUCAAGAAGUACUGCCGGAAAAUCGCGCUUGCCCAAGAUGACUUAGCCGUGGCGCUUCACGAAACCCCUUGGGAGUUUCUACCUUUUGCCAAGUUUGUGCAACCAUACUUCAGGUCUACACCAACAUCAAGACUUGAGUUCCUCUGUAAAGAGCUCCUUCCCAAGCCCAUUGUUCCUGCCAAGAAGCGCAACAAGUCAAGCAAGGCGAGCAAAUCUGCCUCCACAGCGGCAGAUUCAAGCAAUGAGUUUGCCCAGCCGAAGAAGAAUCCAACAAACUCAGCCAGAGAGACUGCAAGGGCGAAUGCUGCUGCCAAAUCACGGGCUAUCGGUCGCAGUCGCAGAAGUCACGACACGCCCAUCGAUCGCAUCUAUCGCACAUUUACCAUCUCUGAGCAUGCAAUGGCCAUGGAAGAACGCUGGAGAGAGCACGCUUUGACAGAGCCCGUCUACAGAACCGGAAAACUCACGGCGGAUGAGGCCAAAAUCAUCUCUGAUGCUGUCUUUGCGUACUGCAUCGAGCGUGAAAUCAAUGAAGCUGAGUUUUCUGAGCUCCUCUGGAAUCAGUCUGGUAUGAGCAAGGCUGAGAAGGUGCAGCUCAACUCUGAGUUCGUCCAUCUUCUCGUCGACAGAAAGCCAAAGAAUGUCUACAUGUACCUCAGACGCCGCUAUAGCAUUUUCGAGGACCGUACAAAGUUCACGCCCGAGGAAGACAGAACGCUAUUACAGCUCCAGGAAGAGCUUGGUAACGACUGGAGGGAAAUUGGCUUGCGCAUGAAGCGCAACAACCAAGAUGUUCGCGAUCGCUACAGAAUGGCUCUAGGCCCUCCAGAGGAGAAGCAAAGCAACAAAAAGCCUUGGGAGGCCGCAGAAGACGCAAAACUCCGCGAAGCCGUCGGCAGCAAAGAGCGCCCAGAUUGGGCAAAAAUUGCUACAACCAUGGCUCCAAGGUCCCGCAAUCAAUGUGAGGCUCGAUAUGCUCGUUUGGCGCUCGCUGGAAUUCCUCGUCGCGUGCGCGAAAAUCAGGAUGCCCAAGCAGACGCAAGGGAAGAUUCCGCUGCCUUUUUCGCGGGCAUUGCACAAUAUGCCUAUGCCAAAAAAUUCAAGGUCCCCCUUGCCGAUGUAUGCAUAAUGCUCAACGCUAUCCAAGAGAGUCAGCCAAUGCCGUCAUCCCUCUCCGAGGCGAUUCAGCUGCCGGCACUCAACGCCUUUACUCAGGUCUUCCAAAUUAGCGAAAUCAUCCAGCGACUUCAAAGCGUCUUACCCGUAGGUGAGAUGCCGUUCGAACGCAAGGUCCAGAUUGCACUCGCAUGGCUCGGUUCAUUGCCCGAAGAGGAAUUGCGGCAAAGCGAGGCGAACUUUGUGGAUAGCGACGUGGAAGACUUGUAG